AUGAUAUCUGAAAUUCACCCCGACUUUGACAUCCCCUGGUGCAAGAGCCUUCUAAGCUCCGAUAUCUCUAUUGUCGAAGUACCUUUUCAGCACCCAUCACGCAACGACAUUCCCCUGAACAAAGAUGUCUCCAACAGUAUGUUCAGAAAGACCCUCUAUACGGCCGACGCCAUCCGCGCCCAGAUCAAUUUCAAACGACAUACGGCUGAACCAGACGCCAUUACUCCGUGGGAAUUCUGCUAUCUCAUGUCUGUGGGCUCUGGAAUCGACGGCAAGUCAGGUCGCGCGCACGGAGGAUUCAACGCAUUGAUCUUAGAUCAGAUAACAGGCACUGUGGCGUCAAUGGUGUCGGGGAGCUUUGCACCCGCAACAGCCACCAUGACAGUGGACUAUAAAGCACCGAUUGAUACACCCUCUGUGGUGCUCUGCCGCUCGUGGGCGGUCGAGCGACAGGGAAGGAAAACAUGGGUUAAGGCCAGGAUCGAGGAUGGUCAGGGUAAACUCCUUGCAGGCGCGAAGUCUCUAUUUAUUGAUCCGAGACCGCAGAAAAUAUAG